GUGCACAGUGCUUUCCUAUAGCUUCUUCUUCUAUAAAGAGGCCUUAUAGCUUCAAGCAUAGAAUGCAGCACACACACAUCGAACUAUCCAAACUUUCACCAGCGUAGUAAGUCGUUGCCAUGGCCAAGACGGUGUUGCUCCCCGUGCUCCUCUCCUUCCUCCUCCUCCCCUUCGCCUCCCUCGCUCUGACGCAGGACUUCUGCGUCGCUGACCUCUCCUGCAGCGACACGCCGUCCGGCUACCCGUGCAAGUCUAGCGUCACCGCCAACGACUUCUACUACCACGGCCUGGCUGCCAAAGGCAAAAUCAACGACCUCAUCAAGGCCGCCGUGACGCCUGCCUUCGUCGGUCAGUUCCCGGGCGUCAACGGGCUCGGCAUCUCCGCGGCCAGGCUCGACUUGGAGGUGAGUGGCGUCGUGCCUCUGCACACCCACCCGGCCGGCUCCGAGCUCCUCUUUGUCACCCAGGGUACCGUCGCCGCUGGCUUCAUCAGCUCCGGAGCGAACACCCCCUACACCAAGACGCUGUACCCCGGCGACAUCAUGGUGUUCCCACAAGGAUUGCUCCACUACCAGUACAACGCCGGCACUGGCCCUGCAGUGGCGCUCGUUGCCUUCAGCAGCCCUAACCCCGGCCUGCAGAUCACCGACUUCGCGCUCUUCGCCAACAACCUCCCGUCGGCCGUCGUCGAGAAGGUCACCUUCUUGGAUGACGCGACGGUGAAGAAGCUCAAGAGUGUGCUCGGCGGCAGCGGCUAAGUUGCUCAAGAGUUGAGCAAGCUCGUCAACUGAUCGUGGUCUUGGUCGUCGCUUGUGCGUGUAUGCAUGAUCGAACAUGUCGUCAUUUCAUCAAAGUCAUGUGGUCUUUUCAAGUUAUUCUUUGACUCUUUGUUCAUGUUAUCUUCAUUAUCCAAGGUUGUCUUCAAUUAGCAUAGUUGUAAUUGUUGAAGGAUGAACGACUGAUUUGUGGUAAAUCACCAAGAAUCAGAGAUUUUCAGUGGUAUUGUAGUAUCCGUCAGCCCCAAUAAUUAUAUAUCCCACCAUAAUUGUCAUUUGU